UUUAAUUGCAGGUCAGAAUUUAAUGCCAGAUUUCUUCUUGAGUGAUAGUGAUUUGGAAUCAUUUGGUCCUAUUGAUAACAUGAAAAUUUCGGAGUUACAAGGUUCUGCAAAGGAAGAAACAGCUGAAGCAAGUGAGAUAAGAACAGUUUUUAGCAAAAUAAAAAAUUUAACAAAUGAAGAAUUGGUCAAACAGACUAAUGGAGUCUUUCAGUUUAUAGUUAAAGAUAAAGAUGAGAUUAGUUGGUACAUUGAUUUAAAGAAUGGAAAUGGUGACGUGGGUCAAGGCGAUCCGCCGGGAAGUAAAGCAGAUGUUACAUUCAUGACAGAUUCUAAAAAUUUUUUGAAAAUGUUUAGUGGUUCUCUGAAACCCACAUCAGCUUUUAUGGCAGGCAGCCUUCGUAUCAAAGGCAACAUGGCACUGGCCAUGAAAUUAGACAAGUUGCUAGCUCAGAUGAAAUCUAAAUUGUAAUUAAUAUGCCUGUCUUUACUUGAAUAUAAUACAAAUAUUUUUUUAUUAUUUUUAACAAAAAAGUUAAAUUUUUAUAAAGAUUUUGAAUCCUACAAGUUUUUAAUGAAAGAAUUUAUAUCAUAUGCAACUAUCAGUUUGGCAUUAUUUCUAAAUGAAUAUUAACUCAAAACUAAAACUAACUUUUAAAAUUAAGUUGUAAUUUCGAAAAAAUUGUUAUUUUAUAUAAAUGUGUUGUUAUCAUUUAAAUGUUUUUACUUUUAACAAAAUGAAUAAAAUUGUUUUGUAAAAAGAUGGACUUCACACAAAUAUAAAAGUAACUCGGCCAGAUGUUUUCAUAUUUACACUAUGAACUCAUCCUUAAGUCAAUUUAUUUGACUUACAAUAAAAACUAAGUAAAUAAAUUAUGUUCUGGCUUCAUUAAAUAUUGGUAAAGACAGAUCUGGUAUUACUUUUAUAUAUUAUUUGGUGAAAAGCCAAUAUUUUUGUUUUUUGAU